CAUAUGGGCGCAUCCUGCAGAAAUUCUGCGCCGCAUCCCGCCGAAUAAUUUUUUCUAUAGCAUUCAUCCUCGUGUUACAACAUGCUGACAGCAUUCAUCCACGUGUUACGAAAUGCUGAUAACAGUGGUAAAGCUGGCAACCAAAAAAUAAAGGCAGCAAGGUAUUCAGUUUUAAAUACCGAGCGCAGGAUACACCAACCGUUUAUUUCAUAAUUUCGUCGUCCCGCCGCAUACUUAAAGCAGGGAGUUCGUGAAGUCGCCACGUUAGCUGUUGCAGACCACUCAACGCUGAUAUUAAGAUCGCUGGAAAUGGCUACCUCUGCAUCGGUCAUGAUCUCGUGGUUCAUGAUCACUGCUUCUCUGGUACGAGCUCAAGAUUUUCCUGAAAGACAACCGGAGCUUGGCGUUUAUCAAGACGAAUCCGAGUGCUUCCCUUUCCAAGGAACCUUGUACGAGGUGUACAGAAAUUUCGAAGAGGACAAGUAUUACGGAGGCAAAGCGAAAUGCGUUCGUGGCUCUCAAUCCGGCGACGGUAAAGACGGCAGCUAUCCAGUCAUGAUCGAAUUUGGAGACGGCGGAGUCAUGAACACUACAUUCACGCUUGCGUCCUCUCCUGGGUACAACGUUUCAAAUGUCAUGAAGGUCACGCCCGCAGAGAAUCCAAGUGAAGCGUUCAACCUGACAGCGGCCUAUCGAAGCUGUACGGAGUGCAAAGUGCUCCGUCAUAGCUACAUUGACGGUGGGAAAGGCUGCAGUUACUGGGCGACAGAGAUAGCACUUAAGCAAAAGAAUACUUGCUGUGAAUUCGUUUACGCUCUGCUGUGUGGCACUGCGAAAUACCAAGUAUACGAAGAAGGCUGCUAGAAGAGCCACUCCUGGCUCGGACGUCGAAACUGGCCAAUCACAGAGCUGUGCUAUGGCUCGCUGUCGGUAAAUU